AGAAUGAGUGAGUGAGGAGAUCCUGGAGAGAAAAGCCGCCAGAUUUUGUAUGUUUUUUUUGAAAAAAACAGAAACAAAAUCUCUGUACAGAUCUAUCCAACAGGCAUGUCUGGAAUCCGCACAGCAUAGCGCUGAGAGGAGUGGGCAGAGGGGGGAAUAGAGAGAGAGGAGGGGGAUUCCUAGACACGCACACUGCUUUCUCUGAAAGCUGUCACACACCCUGAGAACAGAUUAUUUUGUUUUGGGUGGGGGUGGGGAGGAUUCCUUCGCCGUUUUCCUUCCCGCCCGGUGUUGCCGAGGACACACACAGAGAGAGAGAGAGCUGCGAGCCGUUCUGGAUGCUGGAUUAGUCGGGGGGCCCCCGGAGCACGCAGCCCUGGAUUAAUGCUGGUGGAGAGAGAGACGAAAGCGGCGGUUUCUGCCGCUAACUCCUGACCGAGCUCGACAAUGCCGAGAUUCUGAGCACACAGCAUUUCUAGUUUCAGACUGCACUUACUUGCAGCAGCUUGUAAGACAGUGAGAACGAGGCUGCCAACGGCUGCUGGUGCCAAGCUGUCAGACGAUGCAUAAAAUCAGGCCACUGGUGGUGCUUCUGUGCUUCCUACUACCUACUCAUGCUGAAGCACCGCCAAAGUUUACAAGAACUCCCAUUGACCAGACUGGAGUCUCAGGAGGGGUUGCAUCAUUUAUCUGCCAAGCCUCAGGAGAACCAAGGCCUAAAAUUGUAUGGUCUAAAAAAGGAAAGAAAGUCAGCUCUCAGCGAUUUGAGGUGAUCGAGUUCGAUGAUGGAUCUGGGUCUGUUCUCAGAAUACAGCCAUUACGAACGCCACGAGAUGAGGCUAUUUAUGAAUGUGUAGCCUCCAACAGUGUUGGAGAAAUAAGUGCCACCACCAGGCUUACAGUGUUACGUGAGGAUCAGCUUCCUGUGGGUUAUCCCACGAUUGACAUGGGCCCUCAGUUGAAGGUGGUAGAAAGAACACGCACAGCCACCAUGUUGUGCGCAGCUAGCGGUAACCCAGAUCCCGAAAUUACUUGGUUCAAAGACUUCUUACCUGUUGAUACAAGCACUAAUGGACGCAUCAAACAACUACGGUCAGGUGCCCUCCAAAUAGAGAACAGUGAGGAAUCUGACCAAGGAAAAUAUGAGUGUGUGGCAACCAACAGUGCUGGUACACGUUAUUCUGCUCCUGCCAAUCUAUAUGUGAGAGUUCGCCGUGUCCCACCAAGAUUUUCUAUUCCUCCGACAAGCCACGAGAUUAUGCCUGGUGGAAGUGUAAAUAUCACUUGUGUUGCUGUGGGAUCCCCAAUGCCUUAUGUGAAAUGGAUGCUGGGAGCAGAAGACCUGACUCCUGAGGAUGAUAUGCCAAUUGGACGAAACGUCCUGGAGCUGAACAACGUCAGAGAGUCUGCAAAUUAUACCUGUGUUGCCAUGUCGACACUCGGAGUCAUUGAAGCAUUUUCUGAGGUCACAGUUAAAGCUUUGCCAAAACCCCCAGGCACACCUGUUGUAACUGAAACUACAGCGACGAGUGUCACAUUGACAUGGGAUUCGGGAAAUCCGGAGCCUGUGGCUCACUAUAUUGUACAACACAAGCCCAAGCAUUCAGAUGGACCAUUUCAAGAGAUUGAUGGGGUGGCUACAACACGAUACAGUGUUGGAGGACUAAGCCCUUACUCGGAUUAUGAGUUCAGAGUCAUUGCAGUGAAUAAUAUUGGGCAAGGCCCACCAAGUGAACCGGUAGAAACACGAACAGGUGAGCAGGCCCCUUCCAGCCCACCUCGCUCUGUGCAAGCCCGCAUGCUAAGCACUACCACUAUGUUAAUUCAAUGGGAGGAGCCAGAGGAGGCAAACGGUCAGAUCCGUGGAUACAGAGUUUAUUAUACGAUGGAUCCACAACAGCAUAUUAAUAACUGGCAGAAGCACAAUGUAGAUGACAGUAUGCUGACAACAAUUGCAAACCUGACCCCAGAGACUACUUAUACCAUCCGUGUGCUGGCUUUCACUUCUGUUGGGGAUGGACCACAUUCACCUGAAAUACAGGUUAAAACUCAACAAGGAGUGCCAAGCCAGCCAAAUAACUUCAAAGCAGAACCAAAAUCAGACACCAGUAUUAUGUUGUCAUGGACACCACCACGACAGGACACCAUCAUCAGAUAUGAAUUGUAUUACAGGGAAGGAGAAUAUGGAAAAGAGCAACUUGUCACAUUUGAGCCAAAGAUGACAUAUCUUUUAGAGGAUCUGAAACCAAACACUAUGUACUUCUUCCGACUUGCUGCUCGCUCUGAGCAUGGCCUUGGAGCUUCAACUGCGCAGAUUUCAGCCCAAACUAUGGAGACUAAGCCAUCAGCCCCACCUCAGGAUAUCAAGUGCAUGAGCCCAAGCUCGACCAGCAUUUUGGUAAGUUGGCUGCCCCCACCAGCAGAGAACCAGAAUGGCAUCAUCACCAAAUACACCAUCAAAUAUACCGCCAAUGACCAAGAAGCCAGCUCGCCCAAUGAGGUCUCGGAUAUUCCGCCAGAUACCAGGCAGUACUUGCUGGAACAUUUGGAAAAAUGGACUGAGUACCGCAUCAUUAUGACUGCCCACACGGAUGUUGGACCAGGCCCAGAGAGCUCUCCCAUUCUGAUUCGCACAGAUGAGGAUGUUCCUAGUGGUCCUCCUCGCAAAGUCGAGGUAGAGGCUUUGAACUCAACAGCUAUUACAGUGUCAUGGCGCUCGCCUGUUCCAAAUAAACAGCAUGGACAAAUACGUGGCUACCAGGUCCAUUACGUGAGGAUGGAACAUGGAGAACCAAGAGGACAGCCCAUGCUCAAAGAUAUCAUGCUGGCAGAUGCACAGGAAAUGAUCAUUUCUGGACUUCUGCCUGAAACUACCUACUCUGUCACUGUGACAGCUUAUACAACAAAAGGAGAUGGAGCUCGAAGCAGAGCGAAGCUUGUGGUAACCACUGGUGCAGUUCCUGGGAAACCAAGACUCCUUGUUAGUCACACACAGAUGAACACCGCUCUUAUUCAGUGGCAUCCUCCUGUAGAAACCUAUGGACCAAUUCUGGGUUAUCGUUUAAAAUUUGGACGCAAGGACUCUGAAUUGCUGACAACAUUAGAAUUUUCAGAAAAGGAUGACCAUUAUACAGCUACUGACAUCCAUAAAGGCACUUCUUACCUCUUCAAACUCUCCGCAAAAAAUAAGGUUGGCUUUGGGGAGGAGAUUGUGAAAGAAAUCACAAUUCCAGAAGAACGACCGAGUGGAUUUCCCCAAAACCCACGUGCUGAAAGCUCCACAGCUUCAACGAUUCAUUUGAGCUGGCAGCCACCGGUCUUGGCAGAAAGGAAUGGGUUAAUUACCAAAUAUAACGUUUUGUACAGAGAUAUCAACAGCCCAAAUAAUCGAAUUGAGCUCUCUGUCGCCUCACCCGAGACAAGUUUGAAGCUCACCAACCUAAAACCGGACACCACUUAUGACAUCAAAGUGAGAGCUUACACAAGUAAAGGUCCUGGUCCAUAUAGUCCUAGUGUUCAAUUCCGGACACUGCCAUUGGAUCCAGCAGUGUUUGCAAAAAAUUUUCAUGUUAAAGCUGUAAUGAAGACAUCAGUUUUGUUAACGUGGGAGAUUCCAGAGAACUACAACACUGCCAUUCCUUUUAAAAUCAUCUACAAUAAUGACCACAUUGAAGUGGAUGGAAGAGCUACACAAAAGCUAAUCACCAAUUUAGACCCUGACACGUCGUAUUCAUUUGUUUUGACCAAUCGAGGAAAUAGUGCUGGGGGCCUACAGCAAGUGGUCUCAGCACACACCGCUCCAGACCUGCUUCGCACCAAGCCAGUCCUGAUUGAGAAAACCAAUUCUGAUGGAAUGCUGACAGUUGAACUGUCAGCAGUGCCAACACCACCAGCCCCAGUAAAAGGCUACUAUAUAAUUGUUGUGCCUUUGAAGAAAUCCCGUGGGAAAUUUAUCAAGCCUUGGGACAGUCCCGAUGAAAUGGAUUUAGAGGAGUUAUUGAGAGAAAUUACAAGAAAACGAAGAAGCAUCCGUCUAAGGAGACAUGCAGAUGCUCUUAAGCCAUAUAUUGCAGCCCACUUUGAGGUUCUGCCCAACGAAUUUACCCUCGGUGAUCGGCUCUUUUACAACGGAUUUGAAAACAAGCGCCUUCAAAGUGGCCAAGAAUAUGUUUUCUUUAUUUUAGCGGUUCUUGACAGCCCAGAAUCUAUGAUGUACGCAACAAGUCCGUACUCUGACCCUGUACUGUCAGCGGACCUUGAUCCACAACCCAUUAAAGAUGAAGAAGAAGGAUUGAUAUGGGUAGUUGGCCCUGUCUUAGCUGUUGUGUUCAUCAUCUGCAUUGUCAUCGCUAUCCUCCUGUACAAGAGGAAAAGGACAGAAUCUGAUUCGCGAAAAAGCAGCAUUCCUAACAGCAAAGAAUUACCUUCCCAUCAUCCCACAGACCCAGUGGAACUAAGACGUCUCAAUUUUCAGACUCCAGGUUCAGGUGUCUCCAGUUACCAUGGUAACCUCCAUUCGACAAGCAUGGCCAAUCAUCCACCAAUUCCUAUCUCUGAGCUUGCGGAUCACAUUGAGCGGCUGAAAGCUAAUGACAACUUGAAGUUCUCCCAGGAGUAUGAGUCAAUUGAUCCUGGCCAGCAGUUUACAUGGGAACAUUCAAACAUGGAAGUCAACAAACCAAAGAAUAGAUAUGCAAACGUAAUUGCAUAUGACCAUUCACGGGUUCUCUUAUCCGCGAUUGAUGGCAUACCAGGAAGUGAUUACUCCAAUUCCAAUUAUAUCGAUGGCUAUAGAAAACAAAACGCCUACAUUGCAACACAAGGUCCUCUGCCUGAGACAUUUGGAGACUUUUGGAGGAUGAUUUGGGAGCAGCGAAGUGCAAUUGUUGUGAUGAUGACUAAACUAGAAGAAAGAUCGAGGGUAAAAUGUGACCAGUAUUGGCCAUCGCGAGGAACUGAAACUUUUGGAUUAAUCCAAGUUACCCUACAGGAUACAGUUGAACUGGCAACUUACUGCGUUAGAACAUUAACAUUAGACAAGAUUGGCUGCAGUGAAAAGAGGGAAGUACGACAAUUCCAGUUCACAGCAUGGCCUGAUCAUGGGGUUCCAGAACACCCAACACCAUUCCUGGCCUUCCUGCGGCGAGUAAAAGCCUGCAACCCUCCAGAUGCUGGGCCAAUGGUUGUACAUUGUAGUGCUGGAGUUGGAAGGACUGGGUGUUUCAUUGUAAUAGAUGCCAUGUUGGAGAGAAUAAAGCAUGAGAAAACUGUAGAUAUUUAUGGUCAUGUAACACUAAUGAGAUCACAGAGGAAUUACAUGGUUCAGACUGAGGACCAAUAUAUCUUUAUUCAUGAUGCACUGCUUGAAGCAGUCACCUGUGGAAAUACCGAAGUGCCAGCCAGGAACCUGUACGCCUAUAUCCAAAAGCUGACACAAGUGGAGCCAGGAGAAAACGUCACAGGAAUGGAACUGGAAUUCAAGCGACUAGCCAACACAAAAGCCCACACAUCAAGAUUCAUUAGUGCCAACCUCCCAUGUAAUAAAUUCAAGAAUCGCCUUGUUAAUAUUAUGCCAUAUGAAUCCACAAGAGUAUGUCUACAACCAAUCAGAGGAGUCGAGGGGUCAGACUAUAUUAAUGCCAGUUUUAUUGAUGGUUAUAGGCAGCAGAAAGCAUAUAUAGCCACACAGGGACCCUUAGCAGAGACAACAGAAGAUUUCUGGAGAAUGCUUUGGGAGCACAACUCUACAAUUGUGGUUAUGUUGACCAAACUACGAGAAAUGGGCAGAGAGAAGUGUCACCAAUAUUGGCCUGCGGAGCGAUCAGCUAGGUAUCAGUAUUUUGUAGUAGACCCCAUGGCAGAGUACAAUAUGCCUCAAUACAUUCUCAGAGAGUUCAAGGUCACAGAUGCAAGGGAUGGUCAGUCACGCACAGUGAGGCAGUUCCAGUUUACUGACUGGCCAGAGCAAGGAGUGCCAAAGUCUGGAGAAGGAUUUAUUGAUUUCAUAGGCCAAGUGCACAAGACAAAAGAGCAGUUUGGACAGGACGGACCCAUCAGUGUUCACUGCAGUGCUGGCGUUGGGAGGACUGGUGUUUUCAUAACACUAAGUAUUGUGUUGGAAAGAAUGAGGUAUGAGGGUGUUGUGGAUAUCUUUCAGACUGUCAAGAUGCUAAGAACACAACGGCCAGCUAUGGUGCAGACAGAGGAUCAGUAUCAAUUCUGUUAUCGAGCCGCACUGGAGUACCUUGGAAGCUUCGAUCACUAUGCAACGUAAAACCUUAUCCACCAUGGAUUUACAGUAGGCCAUUUAAGAUCCAGAAAGCCUCUUCUGAGCCAUACAAUGUGCUUGAGAAGUACUACUUACUCCUAGCUCAAGAUAAAUUAGUUGGGGUGGGAGGGGGGAGGGAGGGAAAUUUUAAAAAAAACUAUUCCAGGUGGACCAAGCAUUGGCAGUUUAAUAACCUAAUUGAAAAGAAGAGGAGAAUCCUUUCUGAUGUGUCAUCAAAAGGAUUUUUCAAAUAACUCAAGGAUUCAACUUUGACUGAAAUGGGGAUAAAACCUGUUCUGGAAGGCAAUGAUUGUGUAAAGGAUUACCACAGAACUGUGAAAAAUGGAUUGCAAAGAUGAACCUUGAGUACUGUACCUACAAAAGAAUGAAAAAUGUAAUGAAAAGGCCAGUUCCUGACUUGAGAAACUAGUUGGACACGUUUGCUUCAACAUCACCCCUUACCACCAUUUGCUCAUACUGAUUAUUAAAAGGGAGGGAAUGUUGAAAUUACUGAUUUAGUUUUUUAGUACUGUAAUAUACUGCUGACCUGUGCUUCAUUUUUAACUGUGUAAACUUCUUUCCCUUUUUUAACAAAAGUUUAUCAUUCAAUGAAGUGAAUUUAAGAAGUUGCUUAUUUGUUCAUAUUUUUUUCAGACUGUAGCUUUUUUUUAAGCUGUAGAAAUUAUGUAUGUAUCUGGCUGUAGAAACGAACAUAAUUUGAAUUUUUCAAUGCACAUUUUUUGUGCAGUCCUUUUUAUUUAUCUUACCACGUAACGGUCUGAUUGAGUUUUUCAUUUCAGUGGGAGUUAUCUGUAGCAGUCAGAGAACAAAUAAAUCAACAAAAAACAAAGUUAAGUACAAACAAGGGCCUUUAUGGAAUCAACAGGGAGGCGCAAAGUAUAAAACUGCUGCUACUGAAUUCCUCAGAUCUUCCGUAUCAAGAAUUUUAAGAUGUGGUUGAAUAGCUUGCCAAAUAUGUUACUAGCAACCUCCAUCCGAAUAAUAAUUAGUUAUCUAGGUUUUCUGUCAUGAGAUGGUGAGAAGUUAGUGUUUACCGGAAUGCACAUCAAUGAAUUCAGUAACCCAUGUUAAUAGGUUCUUAUGGUGUCCUGAAACACAUCCUUACACAUGUGCGCAAUAAAUUGCAUUAUAUAUAAAAGAAGUCUGAAAUCUCUUAGUGUGGGAAGUGUUUUUUUUUCUCUGCUUUAUAAUGACCUUGCUACAUCUGGCAUUAAAUUCAAAUACAUGAAAUAAUCACAGGGUCAGAAGUAAAGUGGAGUUGAAAUUUAAUGUUAAGUUUCUUUAACAGGAAGGAAAUUUUACAUGGGGUGUAGAUUUGGAAGGUCGUUUUAAUUGAAAAUAUUCCAUAGUUUCUAUAAGAAACUAAAUUCCAUUUUGCUGUUUGACUACAGUUCAAUUUUCCAAUCAAUAUGCAAAGUCACUUGAGUAACAUUGCUAAUCAGAUGUCUCAGAGUGAUUCAAUUGCAAAGAGAAAGUGUUACUCCAAAGCUGGGAAAAUGUUAUAGCUUGGAAUGAAGAAGUCUCAACCUGUAGCACAUGAUUAAAGGGCUUCAGAAUGACUGAAACUGCACACCCUUAAUGUUUACUCUGGGUUCCAGGCCAGAACAUGCAGUGAUAGAAUGCACUGGCAAUAAAAGGAAAUCUGACUUAAGCAGCUCCAAAAUACCUUCAACUCUUGAUGUCUAUAUCAAAAAUAGAAUAUACUCAAACUAAACAGAGAGGGUUAAAAAUCACACUUCUAAGAUUAUCCUUCCCUUUAUUAAUUCAAAUUGUAAUACGUACAUUCUUUUAUCUUUAUAUUUUAUUUCUUAACUGAAGCACUUGAUAUAUUUCAUUUCUUUCAAUACCUUAACAUUAUGAUCAUCAUUUAUUAAUAAAUGCCAUAUGUAAUAGGUGGCCCUAUAGGUGAACUGCAGAGGGAAAUUACAUGCAAAUAGGAGGAGGUGGUGUAGUGAUUAAAUCACUCGGUGAGUGAUCCAGACACCUAGACUAUUGGUUUAGGGAUAUGCGUUUGAAUCCAACCUUGUCAACUGGUCAAAUUUGAAUUAAGUGAAAAUUUGGAAUUGAAAGCUAGCCUAAUUGUAAACAUGUAACCAUUGUCAUUCCAAUCCCUGAUAUCUUUGAGGGAAGAAUAUCUGCCAUCCUUACCUGAUAUGGUCUAGCCUUUCUUGACUCCAGGAGAAAGCGAGGACCACAGAUGCUGGAGAGUCAGAGUUAAAAAGUGUGCUCUGGAAAAAGUACAGCCCCCUUUCCUCCUCCACAUUCCUGAUGAAAGGCUUAUGCCCGAAACGUUGACUCUCCUGUUCCUCGGAGGCUGCCUGACCUGUUGUGCUUUCUCCAGCACCACAUUCUUUAUUAACUGCAGGCUCACAAUAAUGUGUUUGAUUCUUAACUAACCUCUAAAAUGGGCCUAAUAAGCCAAUCACUUCAAGGCAAUUAGGGAUGGGCAGCAAUGCCCUUAUCUCACUAAUGAAAUUAAAAAAAGUGAGUAAAUGAUAGUGUCAGAAUGCCCUACUGUCAGACAAUGUACCUCAGGUGUCUCACCUGGACAUCGGACAUAAUCAGUUUUUUAUGUAUGUGUCCUUGAUACAGUCACUUUUGCAGCUUUGAACUUCUUGAUGUGUAUGAACCUGCAUUGUGCCUAUUGUUUUACUUGUUGGAGUAAAUGCAACAGUGAUGUAGGCCAACCGGUAAUGUGCUGCAGGCUAUAUGCAAUUACAGCAGUAGGAAAGUAGACAAUUAGAUAGAAGAAUAUCAAGACAUCAGUAUAGUGGAGAAUAGACAAUCUAUGAGGCCAGUCAUGCUUUUUUUUUAAAUUUUGUUUGUUUGACCUACAAAGGUCAAAAACUAUAUUAGAAAUCAUGCAAAAGCACUUUUUUUCUCAAAUAAGAAAGCUGACAGAAGGCUACCUCAGAAUGGAGUUGGAGCUGCAAGACUUUAUAUCAUCUUGUUGCAUCUCUUCACAUGUUGUUAUAUUAACAAUCUAUUUGUUCCUGUAAAAUUCAAACCAUCACCUCAUAAGAACUACAAACUUCACCUCAAUCAGUAUUGUAGCCUGUUGCUGACGUUGCCAAGUAUAACUGUUCAUAUCUGUGUUCAGUUAAUGGUUAUUCUUUAAGAAAUAAAGUACCUGUUUUGUACCAAGAGCGAUUUGUCCGACCUUUCAAACAUGCUGAGUGAGAAAUUUCCAAUUUGGAAUGCAUUUCUUUUUGCCCAGAGCUAAUAAAAAAAUGUUGAAAUAUUUAAAUUGAAAAUCAGAAUGUAGGUGCCAGAGGAAUCUACAAUAAAUGGAGUAAGCUGUCAAGAAUGCCCACUGUAUUUGUUCAUUUUCUAACUUAGCUUCUCAUUGAUGUGUGUUCCUGUUUUCACUUGCACUCUCCCAUUCCAGGAUCACUCUUUUAUUAAAACCUCCUGUUCUGCAAAUUCCUGUAUAACUUGCGGUAUGAUAUGUUGUUCUUCCCCUUAAAGUUGACACGGUGCUAUAAUUAUUUAACCUUUAUUCUAUGUAGGCAAUACGUGCAUAUAUAAUUUUUGAUUAGUUGCAUUUAAAUAGGUAACAUUUGUGCAAAACAAGUAUAUUUUAAUUUAGCUAAUCUUCUGCAGAUUAUUUCCUCACAUUUGCUGUUGCUUUUUGUUAAUGAACCAUUUUACACAAAUCUGAAGUCCUCCAGGCAAAUGUGCACUUUUCCAAAACUUUGUACUAUGCACUGCCCUAGUGAUUCUACACACCCACAUUAUAUGCUACUUGGACCCUUGUAUAACUUGUGCAUUCACUCUAGUUAUGUAUAUAAAUAACACAAACUUAAAGGAGAAAGGUUGCUCCAAUUUUGCCCUGAUACUCCAACAAGUCCCUCAAAGGCUUUAAAAUUCUAUCAUACACAUCUAGUUCCGUGACUCUGCCAUUCAAGCUUGGAGUGUCUUGGUUUUUUAUUUGGAAGUAACAUUGUGUUCACUGCUCUCAUUUGAAUGCAUAGAUUGAACAAAACAAAAUGUAAACUGGCUUGUUCAAAGAAUCAUACAAUUACCUCUACUUAGUAGUUAGCAUAAAUGUUUUACAGAUUGAAAGGUGUGCUUUUUAUUUUCUUACUUAGGUUACAUUGGUGGCAAAAAGUCUGUAAGAAAAUCAGUUCUUUGCUGACACA